AUGAAGGCAUUGGUCAAGAGUGAGCGUGACGUCGGACUCACUAUGACAGAUGUGCCCAAGCCUGCAAUCGGGCCAAAUGAUGUCCUCAUUGAGGUCCAAAAGACUGCUAUUUGUGGGACUGAUGUGCAUAUCUACGAGUGGAAUGAUUGGGCAAAGCGCACGAUUCCAACACCUAUGGUAGUUGGACACGAAUAUUGUGGUGUCAUCAAAGAAUUGGGUUCCGAAGUCACUGGCCUGACAGUUGGCGCAAGGGUGACCGGAGAAGGCCACAUCACAUGUGGCUUUUGCCGCAAUUGUCGUGCAGGACGGCGACAUUUGUGCAGGGAAACUUUCGGAGUUGGGGUGAACCGUCCUGGGGCAUUCGCCGAAUACCUUUGCCUUCCUUCAUACAAUGUCUUCCAGUUGAACCAACAGGUGUCGGACGAUGUCGCCAGCUUCAUGGACGCAUUGGGCAAUGCGACGCACACUGCCCUUUCGUUCAACUUAGUCGGCGAGGAUGUUCUCAUUACCGGUGCAGGGCCAAUUGGUGUCAUGGCUGUGGCGAUUUGUCGGCAUGUGGGUGCCAGGCACAUUAUUGUCACUGAUAUCAAUGACUACCGCCUUGAGCUUGCUAAGAAGUGUGGGGCCACCAGAGCCGUGAAUGUGAGUGGCGGGGAUCCGACACACAAAUUGCAGCAGGUGAUGAAAGAGUUGAACAUGACAGAAGGCUUCGACGUGGGUUUAGAGAUGUCAGGAGUUCCCAGUGCUGUUCAUUCAAUGCUUGAAACAUUGAACGUGGGAGCACAAGUUGCUUUGCUGGGUAUUCCUUCCCAGCCCUUCGCAAUCAACUGGGACCAUGUGGUUUUCAAAGGCCUUGUAAUCAAGGGAAUCUAUGGCCGCGAGAUGUUUGAAACCUGGUACAAGAUGCAAAGCAUGCUAGUUGGAGGACUUCAAGAGAAGAUAGCACCUGUCAUCACUCACAGGUUCGACAUCGAUGCCUUUGACCAGGGAUUUUCAGCCAUGCUGUCUGGACAGGCAGCAAAGCCAGCUGUUAGCGCAAUGCGGAAAAUGGCUUCGCAAUUGGCGCAACCUUUGACCUUUUGGCAGGCACAUGAGAAGAGCAUUCACGAUUUGUUUUUUGCUCCAAGUGAAUCCAAAAUGUUGGUGUCCUGUGGCGCGGAGGGCUCUGUUGCAGUGACCCUGCGGAAUUUGGAGCAUGCAGAAGCAGGUCAAGAGCAGCGGCCAGUGCAGAAUUCUCUGAACUUCAACCUGAAGAGUGCCCUGUCUUAUUUACAAAUAACGACGCAAGUCUCUGACAGCUUUAGGUUGGCUGCAGCUCAAGAGGAAGCUGAGGCAUUUGGAGAGCAGGUUGGAAAACCCACUCGUGUUUUAGGCUGGUUUGUUUCGCGACCCAAAGCCGAUGUGCCUUCGGAUCAAGAUGUGGAGCAACAACUGCAGUAUCAAGAGCUGAUUUCCAGCUUCUUUGUUGGUCUUUGUCUCCCGAUGGUGUGGUUUGAACAAAAUCUACAAAUGCUGUGUCAACUGAGUGGAUUCCGAGUUGUGCCUUCGUCGGGAGAUCUUGAGCCAGUGGAGGUUGAGAUUGUACCGCAGUGCACCUUGAUUCCAAAGAUCCCGCAGGAAUGCUCUGGGCAGCUCUGCAUGGAAUCACUGACACAGCGUGUCCAUGAGGCAGCGAAGCAACUGACAGAGAGCGAUGACAAGGGUGCAGCAAAAAGUACGGCAUUCUCGCGUUUCCAAUCCUCCUGUCGACGGUUUGCAGGACUCAGUUCUCUCCUGCAAAAUGAGGUAGAGCUUUUACGGUCUUUUGCAGCUGACUGGGACCGCAAUCUACAGGUCUUGGCAGGGGUGUACGAGGAAAAGGAGGCUCAAAAGGAAGGGCCCAGCUGGGUGAAGGCGCCAUUGGGAAAAGGAAAUGGAUCCAUUGGCAGUGAACCGGAUAGCAAGAUUUCAGCAGCCAGCGAAGCCACAAGUUCCAAGCUGCCAGGUCAAUCUUCGGCCAAAUCUAUUGCUGGACCUGCGGUCACUGCAGAGGCAGAGAUGACAUGGCAAGACAAGACCUCUGGCGGAGCAUCUGGCAGCAAGGCGGGAUCAGGUGAGGCUCGGGGGUGUGGCCUACUGCCUCUUUUGGAGCGAAGUCGGGAAGACUCCGCACCAGGCUCGGAAAAACGCUCAAUUCCAGCGAAACGUCCUGAUCAGGAGGAAACUGAAGGAGAGAAGCCAAAGUCAGGUGCUGUCGAGGGAAAGCCGAAAAGCCUCCUAAAACGUCAACGGCACAAGCCACCAUAG